UAAUAACAUUUCUGACGAAAUUCUGACUUUGAAUUGAUUAUCCUGUCAGCUGAGACAAGUUACCAACGAUACUCCCCAUCGAGGCGGCUCGGAAAAACCUAAGCGCAGCCUAGGGCGUUUAACCCAGCAAAAUAGCUUUUGUCUGCUAACUAGGAUCACAAAAGCCAACGUAUCUAUAGACCCUGGACCACAUCUUAUGAGUUCGUGGGAACUCCACCGAAGAAUUCUUGUGGACGUUAAUAGGCCUGACUGAUCGAUGCACAGAAGAGCUAAUAAAAGGGGAAGUAGCAAAACAUAAUCUGCCCGCCUUAGGGAAUAUUUACAGCAGAAGAGAAAGCGAAACACAGCAAGGCUGGACCGAGCACAGUAUUUACUAUCUCUCGAGCAGUGAGUUAACACAACAGUUCGUGUAAUUGCCGGGCCGAGUGACCGAUUUCCAUACCGUCUGGGUUCCGCUGCCUCACUUGAAUUACCUUGCUUGAUAUACGCGUCGGGGACGUGGUUGGUUAAUUAUCAUUUCAUCAAUAUUAAUGAGAUUAGAUGACGGCGCUAUCAAAUGUUUGAAGAUAAAACUCAAGUUGUCUAACCAACUAACUAGCGAUAGGUGCUUUCCCACGCUCCUCUAGUUUGUCUUCAAGUCUGGACAAGGGUUUUUCAACUAAACUUAUUUUGUUGACGGAUAUUUUUUUUUUCUUCUCUCUCUUUUUGGAAUAUAUUGGAGGUAACAUGUCGUGAUCGACCAAAUGUGGAAUAUUAUAUGUAUUUUAACAAUAUGUUGACGAUUGCCUCGUUUUCUCAAGAGCUGGAGUUAUGUGGUUCUACCCAGGGAUUUGGUCUAGGCUAGGAGGAGGAGUAGAACAUAGUUCUCGACUCGGAUUGCCUAGCUUUGCACUGGUAUUUUUUCUGCAGGUGUUCCUCGUCGCAAAUCUGCCUAAGGCAUGCGUGGGUACGAGUAAAUUUCAAGUUCGGAUUGAGUAUAUACAUAAUCGCAACGGAGAAUUAGCGAACGGACAAUGCUGCGGGGCUUCCUCUGCAGAUAGCCAGUGCCUUGAGCAAUGUCGGACAUGUUUUUAUAUUUGUGGGGAUGUUUAUCGUGCAUCGUAUCAACCUGGCAGUAGUUGUAUAAUUGGAGAAUCAACAACCUCCAUUCUUGGAAACAAUUCGUUUACAAUACCGGACACAGAGGGCGCUGUUGCAAGUUUUGAUAUUACGUACGCUUGGCUGAUUGAUUAUAGUCUAAUUAUUGAAGUACGCAACUGGGACGUAGCAACCAAUACAUGUCGAGAAGGUCAAUCUAGCUUGAUUGAACGUUCUUUCUUCCACAAUGUUAUAAAACCUAACGCAUCGUGGUCAUCUACCAUCAAUCAUAGAAACGUAAACAACAAUGGCAUAAUGUUUGGCUACAAAUUACGAGUCAUAUGCGAUGAAUACUAUUAUGGAGAAGAUUGCAAUAAGUUCUGUCGCCCUGACAACAACUUCCGACAUUUUUCCUGCGAUAUGUUUGGUAACAAAGUUUGUCAUGAAGGCUGGAUAGGAAGAAAUUGCAAUGAAGCUGUUUGUAAGACUGGCUGUAAUCUUCUACGUGCUAACUGUACCAAUAGUCCCGGAGAGUGCAGAUGUGCUCACGGUUGGCAGGGAGAGUUUUGCAACAUAUGCGUUGUUCAUCCAAUGUGUGAGAAUGCCUGGUGUAGUGCGCCGUUUGAAUGUUUUUGCGAACUAGGCUGGGGAGGACGGUAUUGCAAUCAAUUCUUGGACCCCUGCGGCUCCGACGAGGAACUGUGUCACAACGGGGGAACUUGCCUUAAUAACCAGUCAGUAAGCGAUGGCUACGAUUGCCAUUGUGUCAAAGGAUUCUUUGGACCCAGCUGCGAAUUUGCCCAACGUCCAUGUGCCACUGACCCUUGUCAGAAUGGGGGAACAUGCCAAGAAAGUGGGGAUGAAUUCAAUUGCUUCUGUACUCUUGGCUGGGAAGGUGAAACUUGUACUGAAGAUAUCAAUGACUGUGCCAACCAGCCAUGUGUAAAUGGGGGAUUGUGUGUUGACCUUGUUAAUGGAUUCCAGUGCAUUUGUCUAGAACAGUGGCAAGGUCCACUGUGUCAGUUAGAUAAAAACGAAUGCCUCGGUAGUCCUUGUCAAAAUGCGUUCACAUGUCGUAAUGCCCAAGGUGAUUACUUCUGCGAUUGUCAUCCCGGUUGGACAGGAAAAGACUGCGACACAAAUCAGAAUGACUGCAUUGGGCGUUGUGAAAAUGGGGCCACGUGCAUGGAUCUUGUCAAUAGUUUCUUGUGCGUCUGCCCGUCUGGAUUCGUCGGAACCGAAUGUGAAUUGGAUGUUGAUGAGUGCAUUAGUCAACCAUGCAAGAACGGUGGAACGUGUGUUGAUUUGGUUGAUAGCUAUCGAUGUGACUGUACCCCUGGAUACAGUGGUUCUCAUUGUCAGGUGGAUGUUGAUCCUUGCCACCCAAAUCCCUGUAAGCAUGGGGCAAUGUGUUAUAAUCUGGAUAGAGACUACUUCUGCGAUUGUAUUGGUGGUUACCAGGGUAGAAAUUGUUCAGAGCCAAGGCAGUUGUGUGAAACCCCAACAUGUCAAGUUAUUGAUAGCUGUACUAUUAGCAUUGCAUCGAACGCUACAUCAGGGACCAUGCAUGUGAUACCAUCAAAUAUAUGUGGACUACACGGGCAAUGCAUCAGCCAAACUAACGGCCGUUUCACGUGUGUUUGCGAGCAGGGAUACACCGGUUAUUAUUGUCAUGAAAACAUUAAUGAUUGCAACUCGAAUCCAUGUAUGAACCAUGGCACAUGUAUGGAUGGUGUCAACUCAUUCCAAUGCUUAUGCCGUGAAGGCUGGGAAGGCGAAUAUUGCCAACAUGAUGUUAAUGAGUGUUUGUUGAAUCCAUGUCAGAACAAUGGUACAUGUGUUGACCUCCCAGCGGACUUUGCGUGUCUGUGCCAAGCCGGUUGGAAGGGCAAAACAUGUAGUUCAAGACAAAGUCACUGUGAAGUUGUGACAUGUUACAAUGAUGGGACUUGUCACGAUAAUGGGGACACAUUUGAGUGCCUUUGUUCUCAGGGAUGGGAAGGAUCUAUUUGUCAUUUGCGCAACGAUGACCCCUGUGAUAGCAACCCAUGUCUGAAUUCUGGAACAUGUGUGUCACAAGACGCCAGUUACCAAUGCAUCUGCAAAGAAGGUUACGAGGGUCAGCUGUGCGAAUCAAACGUUAACGACUGCAAUCCGCAACCUUGUUAUAAUAAUGGCCGAUGUGUUGAUGGUCUCAACUGGUUCCGGUGUGAGUGCGCAGAUGGAUUUGCUGGUCCGGAUUGCCGAAUAAACUUAGAUGACUGUGCUACGAACCCUUGUGCAUUUGGCAGCACCUGCAUUGAUGAAAUUGCUUCAUUCAGGUGUCAUUGUCCCUCUGGUUUGCGUGGGCCCACCUGCAACAUAGUAAUUGGAGUGGGACCAGACCCAGCUCAAUCGUGUGUGGUGAAUCGGCGAGAGUAUGAGCACAGUGCGGAAUGGGUAGAAGACUGUAACGCAUGCAGUUGCCAAGAUGGACAGGUGUCAUGUACACAGGUUUGGUGUGGCCCCCAGCAUUGUGAGGUUGACAACCCUACCAAUAGCACCUCAAAAGGUGUAGCCUGCCCUGAAGAUGUUAUUUGCGAGCCUACAGAUGUACAGAAUUGUUUCACACCCCCUUGUGGACUCUGGGGUGUGUGUCAGAUGACGGGAUUACAAGCAACCCCCAGUCCUACUUACAACUGCCAACCAAGUCAAGACUUCCCUUCCUCAGCCAACUGUGGGAGGCUUAUUCUUACUUUUGAUAAGACAAAACUUCCAUCAGGCAUAUCUGUAGAUGAUGUAUGCCUUCUGUUCCGGUACAGUGCUGCCUUGUUUGUUAGUGACAAUGUUGGACCAGUGGUGUUACUUUGCUCCGAACUACCCCCUGAUUCAAUCGCAGUUGCUGUGUCAUUGCCAGAGGUGAAAGAAGCUAACAGUACAGUUGCGCUCAUCAAUGCCAUCGUAGAUUACUUGGAACUACCUGGUACCAGUAAUUUAGUGCUGUCAGCUGUCGUCACCAUUCAAAAAUUAACAUACUCACUUCAGUCAUCCCAAAAUAAUCAAUUUACGCAGAAUCUGUGGAUGUUUACACUACUUGUUGUGCUAUUGCUGUCCGUGAUUCUAUUACUGUUUGUUUUUUACCGAGUUUAUCAACGUCACAGAAGAAAGCAGGUCCCUCGCGAGGACGAGGAAGACACAUCUCCAUCAGAGCCUAAAAAUAAUCAACAACAAGCCGCAAUAAAACGAUAUCAUAAUCAGCUUUUUACAAACCAAAGAGCGGCAGGCAGUAGCAAAGCAGCUACAUCAGGCGAUGCGUCACGCACGCCGAGCACAAAAUAUACACAUAGCGAAAAACAUGUGGAAGAAACACACACAAAAAUGCACUGUUGAUGUUCACAUGGAGAACACAAGGACCAAACAGAAGAACUCUUUGCAUUUGAAUGUGGAGAAGAUCUGAAUAAUUAUUAAUGUUAAAAUGUUUCCCAAAUAUUUGUGAAAACAUGGUCUUCAUAGCAACACUGUAAUGCACCAUAGCAACAGUAACCAUGGUAGAUAACUAUGCUGCUAGGGAAAUAGCUUCCCUCCUAUCAUCACAGAUUAAACUCUCCAAACUUUUUCAGCGGUAAUUCCACCAAAAUAUUUAGUUUUAUAUGGACUUCAAGAACUUGAAUUAAAAGACAGUUAUUGAUAGAUAUUAGAUAUUUAUUUUCAUAUUGAUCUUUAUUGAUUUGAAGUCGAUCGAUCUUCAGUUUACAUGUCGUUUGUUGUGUCUGAAGUUAGUUUUUUGUGUCACUUUGAUCGUAUGAUCUUUGGCCAUUGCCUGAGUAAGUGUCACAAACUCCAAAACAUUCUAUUUUGAAAAACAUCAUGUGUUGAAUAUUAUCAAAGUGGUCCUUACCUGGGAUUGAGGGCAGCAUUCCAUAUGACCUUUCACCUUGUAUUUAUGUUGCAUGUAUUAUGUAUAUGAUGAUAGUAUUUUAGAUUAACAGAGAUCAUUCCGAACCACAGUAAGUGUGGUUGUAAUUUCGGAGUAAAACCAACCUUGACAGUUUCUAAAAAGUUAAUUAGGCUGUAAUAUCAUUGAUAACAUUAUUAGUUCCUAUGCAUGUAAUGCAAUAGGAACUAUUGUAAUCACUCUUGCUAUUUCCUAUGUUUUUUAUUGUGUGUAGUGUGUAUGUGUGUGUGUAGACAUUUAUGCAAAUGCGCAUGCGUC